AUGGCUGCUAUGCUGUUAAAGUGAGUAAAAACUAAUAAAAUUCUGUUUGUUUAACGAAUUUCAUCGAUGUAUACAAAUAAAAUACUGCACAAUAAUUGUUUCCUAUGUCUUCUUUUUGCCCAAAGAGCACAGUAACUAUCAGUUUAUGUUACAUACCAUAAUGAGCAUUGAAAGAAGGUCAGAAAUUAGAUCAAUAACGUAGUAAUGUGGUAUUCUGUCUACUAAACUAGCACAGUACCCUGACGCGAUAUAAUUUCUUUUGCACAAUCCAUGAAAUUAUUAUUUCCUAAAAAAAAAAAAAAAAAAAAAAAAAAAAACAUUUUUAAAGUAAUAUUCAAAUAAAUCUUAAAGCGGCUCUGAGUAAGAAAACUUUUUUAGAAGUUUGCACACUUUGGAAUCGCUAGAUGAACCAACUGCAAAAUGGAACGUUCCCUUGAGCGAUGGAAAUCACGUAAUAGAAUUCGAACACGGUACAGCAACAGGCCGUCGAUUGGUGAGAAUAGAUGGCAAAGAAACAGUUCACAGAGACUGGAUGUUUCAUUUAGUUGGGGACGAAAUUUUCAGCUUCAACGAUAAUAAAUUCGUAAUUAGAAUUGACCCAAUCCCAGGUUUAAAAUACUCUUACUCGUUGUGGGUGAAUGGGAAACCUUAUAAGAACUUCGUGCGAUCGCAGUCAAAAAUCUUGGACAGCUGGUUGGCUAAUGUUGGAAAUGAAGAAUACAGAAUAGUCCUAGAAUGAAUUCACCGAUGAUGGUGCAGAAAUCUUAUUCUCGGUAGGGGAUCUCCCAGCAGCAAUUAGAACGUACAGUUCUGGACAGAGGAACAUUGGAAUAGUGUACUCUUUAUACAUCGACGAAGUGGAAAUUGAGAAAGAGAAAUUUCUCAAAGAAAAUGAAGAAACAUAG